AUGGCUGAAAAACUAGAUGUUAAGGGAGACAGUGGAGGUGGAGUUACAGUACCAUUUGGUGGAAGGCAUUAUUUGGUGGGUGUUGUGUCUCGUGGAACAGGUUGCGAAGAUUUGCUCCAAGGUCUCAGUCCGGGUGCACAGGCACAUACUGACCUUUCAUUCUAUACAGCUGAUAUUGACAGUGUGUUGAACAUGAAAAUUGAAGACCGUAAAACAAAAUGGGAAAGCAUAAAUAGCAAAGUAUAA